AUGGCGCAGUCGCACCGUUGUGUGGCGCUGAUCGCCGCUCUCGCAGCUGCGGUGCUGCUCUUGGCGCUUGCCGCGCCCGCGGCACGUGCCAGGGUGGCGAGCCCAUGGGAUGCGAUCGAGGACGACGUCUACUUGGAUAAUGGUUUUGAUGCCGAGGAAAAACCGUUCCUUAUAAGCGAGGCAGAGAGGCUGAACACGCUGAAGGUGAUGCAGGCGUUUGCUGCUGCGAUGCCCUCGCUGGGGUGGAGCGGAGACGACUUCUGCACCUGGGCUGGUGUGAGGUGCUUCGAUACCAAUGUGAGCUUCGUCGACGUUGGUAGCUUGGCUACCGGCACGCUGCCUGAGAUGCCUGAUGACGUGGACUACUCGCUGGUGAAGCUUGAUGAGAUCAACCUGUUCAACCAGAACGCCGGUGUCACUGGAAGCCUGCCGAGCAGCUGGAGCAAGCUGCAUAAGGUGAGGACAAUCAACCUUGGGUACACGAGCAUCAGCGGCACGCUACCUGCGUCGUGGAGCUCGAUGAGCUCGCUGAAGUUCUUGACCCUGAGCUUCACGGAUAUAUUCGGCACGCUGCCGGCUGCCUGGGACUCGAUGCCGAGCAUUGAGAUCAUCCUCAUGUCCACCACUCAGCUCAGCGGGACUCUUCCUGAGGAGUGGAGCACUAUGCCGAGCGUACGGAGGAUUCACCUUCAACAGUGCCACCUGCACGGCUCCUUCCCCGCGUCAUGGGCAGAGAUGCCGUCGCUUGAGCGCUUGGGCCUUCAACAGAACGACUUCUGCGGCUGUGUGCCGGACUCGUGGCUGGCCUCCCCCACGCUAUGGGUAGGCGUGGACGCCAAGCACCGCAUGCCCGACUGUGCGACUGCCCACGCCUGCGCUGAGACCACAACGCCCGAGCCCGUCCCGAGCAGCUCUGCGUCCGCCGGCGGGGUGUCCGGGUCGUCCAGCUCGAGCACCGCGACGACUGCGGAGCCGACCACGAGCAGCUCCGGGUCCACUGGCGGGGUGUCCGGGUCGUCCAGCUCGAGCACCGCGACGACUGCGGAGCCGACCACGAGCAGCUCCGGGCCCGCCGGCGGGGUGUCCGGGGCGUCCAGCUCGAGCACCGCGACGACUGCGGAGCCGACCACGAGCAGCUCCGGGUCCACUGGCGGGGUGUCCGGGUCGUCCAGCUCGAGCACCGCGACGACUGCGGAGCCGACCACGAGCAGCUCCGGGCCCGCCGGCGGGGUGUCCGGGGCGUCCAGCUCGAGCACCGCGACGACUGCGGAGCCGACCACGAGCAGCUCCGGGUCCACUGGCGGGGUGUCCGGGUCGUCCAGCUCGAGCACCGCGACGACUGCGGAGCCGGCCCCGAGCAGCUCCGGGUCCACUGGCGGGGUGUCCGGGUCGUCGAGCUCGAGCACCGCGACGACUGCGGAGCCGGCCCCGAGCAGCUCUGCGUCCACUGGCGGGGUGUCCGGGGCGUCCAGCUCGAGCACCGCGACGACUGCGGAGCCGACCACGAGCAGCUCCGGGUCCACUGGCGGGGUGUCCGGGUCGUCCAGCUCGAGCACCGCGACGACUGCGGAGCCGGCCCCGAGCAGCUCUGCGUCCACUGGCGGGGUGUCUGGGUCGUCCAGCUCGAGCACCGCGACGACUGCGGAGCCGGCCCCGAGCAGCUCCGGGUCCACUGGCGGGGUGUCCGGGUCGUCGAGCUCGAGCACCGCGACGACUGCGGAGCCGGCCCCGAGCAGCUCUACGUCCACUGGCGGGGUGUCUGGGUCGUCCAGCUCGAACACCGCAACGACUGCGGAGCCGACCACGAGCAGCUCUGCGCCCGCCCGCCCUACGCCGGCUCCGCUGCCGUGCCUCGUGCCGCACUGCUUGGUGUGCGUUCCCGGCAACGCCAUAUUCUGUAAAGUGUGCGAGUGCGGGUUCCAUGUGACGUCUGGCGGGUAUUGCGCGGGGAGUCCAUGUUAG